GUGUUUAAAUGAGCCGCUGGUGCGCGCAGCGCUGCGAGAAACGUGCGACGGUACAGCGGGAAAGCUGGAGUGUUUCCGCGGGCAGGGCUCUCCAGUAGGGGGCACAGUGAGAUUUGAUGCCACCCCUGCAGCACGUCCACUCCUUACGAGUCCACGCAGCCUCUCUGCUGUGCGGGUCACUCCUCUGAGGAACAUGAAGAGCUCCCCUGACCUUAUGCCCACUGAGUUGGAUCCCACGCGUGUGUGUAAGGGGAAGGGUGCUGUAACCCUGAGAGCCACACUAGUCCACAUUGACGAUGAAGACUGUAUCCCCCAAGAGUCAGCCACAAACCCAGUCAAGUGUGGGUGGCUUGAGGCAGUCAACGGAGAUGCCACAGAAACCAAUUUGGCAGAGGAAGAGCUAAAAGGCAUCAGAACUAAUUUAAAUUCAGCGCAGGUCAAUAAGGCUCCAAAACAGGUUGAGUGUCCUGAAAGCUCGGAUCAGUCUCACCUUUCCUCCAGCUCAGAUCCUCCGAGUGCUCUCACAUCAGCAGUCAGGGGGUCUUCCUCAUACCCACCCACCAGCAGCGUAAACCCAACCAUCGUGCUGCUGCAGCACAGCGGAGACGCUGCAGUGGAGCAGAGCAGAGUGUGUGAUCAGAGCUCCACUCAGAACCAGCUCAGGCCACAACCUGAAGGCCCUAACAGCCCCUCCGGCCAGAUGGAGGGCAAGAGAAUGAGGAUGACCAUGCACUCACCGUGCCCUGCCCCACCAGAGAAGCCUAUAGUCCCUGUACGGAAUACAGAGAAGUCCAAGGACUGGUACAAAAACAUGUUCAAACAAAUCCACAGAGUCCCAGAGGCUGUUGAGGAAAACCCAUACCGUCCCACCUACAUAUUCCCUGAGAGCAAUGACAGGCCACUGAAAACCAGAGAUGAAAGCCCUUCACAUGGUGUUGAUGGACGAAGUGUUCCACGGUCUAAAAGUGCAGUGGAUAUGGGCACUUCCCAAUCAGGCCGAAGGGUCCCUGUGCCAACUCGAACGUCUUCGCUGCGGCCAGAGAGGAGUGAGUGGGAGCCCCCUGACAAGAAAGUAGACACCAGGAAGUACCGGGCCGAGCCCAGAAGCAUAUUCGACUACGAGCCGGGGAAGUCUUCCGUCCUGAGGGUGGAGAGACCGGACUUAAGCCCCGAAGAUGUAGAUUUAGAGAAUGAACCAUGGUAUAGAUUCUUUUCAGAGAUGGAGUUUGGCAAAGCGAGUGCCCCCUCUUUCAGCCCCUUGGAAACACCCUCCGACCUGCAGCAAUACUCGGCCUGCAAAGCAAGUGCUGGUGUGGCGGGGAAGGAGGGCGGCCCGGCUUCCACUGAGCAUGCGGCCCCAGAAUGCGACCGGCACAUUUACAAGAGUGUCCUGGAGGGCGGCGACAUCCCACUGCAGGGCCUGCGUGCGCUUAACAAACGCCAUCCCAGCACUUCCUCUAAAGUGGAUUAUAAAGGUGGGAAUGGCUGUAUGAUUUCACCAUGCUCCUUUGUAAAUAGUCGCUCAGUUCUUGCCAGUAACGCACUAGGUAAUCAGAAUAAGAGUAAAAAGUCUCUGUCUGCUGCCAAAGCCUGCAUCCCUCAAAUCCUUCCCUCCAAGUUCAAGCCUAAGCUUUCUUCUUCUGCUGAUGAGGGCCAGGAAAGGAGGGCUGAGCCUGCAUCUCGGCCAAAAGCGCACAGCUGCGAGGAUCUGCACCAGGAGCCCUGCAGUGUAUUGGGCAACGGUGAUGCAACAGACAGUGAUCAUGGGUUAGCUUCUCACUCCAAAGCCUCCAACUGUUUGCCUGAGAGCAGGACAUCUCCGAAAAAUGGUCCUCUCAGUGUUGCUCUGAGGAGCACAGCGGAGUUCUCUGCCCUGUACAGGAACAUGCACCACAUCCAAAGGCCCAGCUCACUGGGCUCCAGCCCACAUGGCAGCGUCCGCAGCCUGGCCUCUCUCUUUGAGAAGCCGGGGGACGAGCUCAGUGGUCCGGAGCGGUCAGGAAACGUUCCACGGGAUGCUGUGACAUUUCGGGUGAUGGAGUUUGAACGCAUCAUUCAGCGCUCCAGUACGGCACCCACUCGCUCUGCCUCCAUGCCCACCCUACCCAGUGGCCCAAGCCCAGCCCACAGUCCAGCCCCUGGAUCCUGCUUCCUCCAGUCGGCUCUCUCUGCUGAGUCUUUGGUCGUGCCAGGGCCGACACAAACAGAUGACUGUCCGCUAGUGCCUGUAGAGGACAAAUUGUCCGGAGAGGAAGCUUCUUUCUCAGGUGGAGAAGCAGUAGAAUGCAUGGACCCCUCUAAUCAGAACCAUACCUCAAGAACUGACUCACACUCUCACACAGAUGGCAAAGGAGCAGAACUGGAAAACAGCUGUGUUCAAAGUGCUGCAGCUGAGAAUACUUUAAGUGGUCCGUCAGUGGCCAGCACCCCAACAUCAGAGCACCAUCAUCACCACCAUCAUCAUGACCAUCUUCCCUUCCACCCUCUCCACCUCAAACCCAGUAAGUGUAAAGGCUCCUGUCCUGCCUCCUACACCCGCUUCACCACCAUCCGCAGGCAUGAGCGCCAGCAAGCCAGCAGUAUCUUUGUCCCGGAAAGAAGAGCAACCCCUCCCACAAACUUAUUAUUGAUGGGCCCAGCACCGUUUUCCUUACGUAGAACGCUGCACACUCACCAGGCCAAAAAGACUCUCUCAGCCACCAAAGCCCUGGCCGGAGACAUGGCAGAUGGUCGAAUCUUCUCGUCCAGGCCCAAGCCUGUUAUCCCUCAACGUCUUUCUUCUCUGGAGGUCCUGGAGAGGCUCAGUAACGGCGAUAGCUCGCCGUGCCAAGGGAGGGAAGCCCAUCAGCUCACGGACGGGGAAUGCUCAGACGCCAAUAAAAACCACUGUGGAGAUUCCGAAUCCUCACACCCAUUAAGUCAAGGAGACCAGGGAGAAAGCACAGAUGAGGUGGUCCGCAGACGCUAUGGAGACAAAGAGAAAAUUCUAGAGGAGCAGAGGCGCCUGAAGCGAGAGCAGGAAGAAGCGGAUAUAGCAUCCCGGAGACACGCAGGCCUGGUGCUGACCCAUCAGCAGUUCAUCACCAAUGACCGCUUUGGGGACCUGCUUACCAUCAGUGACACAGAGAAAAGGAAAUCUGGACCAGAGAGAACACCUGCCUUGGCCCUGUUUAACUUCAAAGCAGAGACUGUAAAAGAGCUGCCAUUUCAAAAGGGAGAUAUUGUGUACAUCUAUCGGCAAGUGGAUCAGAACUGGUAUGAAGGAGAGCAUCAUGGUAGAGUUGGAAUCUUCCCUCGCAACUACGUUGAGCUUCUGCCCCCUACAGAAAAAGCACAGCCCAAGAAGAGCGCUCCCGUUCAAGUGCUGGAGUAUGGAGAGGCCCUCGCCCGCUUUAAUUUCACUGGUGACACUGCUGUUGAGAUGUCUUUCAGAAAGGGAGAGCGCAUCACAUUGAUUCGUAGGGUGGAUGAGAAUUGGUAUGAGGGCAAAAUCUCAGGCACCAACCGGCAAGGCAUCUUCCCCGUCACUUACGUAGAGGUGCACAAAAGACCUCGUGUUAAAAAUGGAGUGGACUAUCCUGACCCUCCCAUUAGCCAUUCCCCUCAUCGCAGCACUAAUGCCUCGCCACAGCCGCCCCGUAAUCGUCUCACCACCUCUCCCCUGCCCCUUCCCCGCCCUCCUUCCCGUUCUGUGUCACCUGAGGUCCAUGCCGUGUCCAGCGAGUGGAUCUCUCUCACUGUGGAGGGGGUGAGCUGCAGCCCCCCAGCCGCCCCCACACCUCCACUCCCGCCCCUACCCAGCGGCACUUACCGCCUGGGCGAGUAUCUGCCGCCAUCCCACUCUGCCAGCCCUGUGCCUCCGAUCACCAGCAGUCCCUACUACGUCUCCCCUGCAGCCUCGCCGUCCACCUCGCCCCUGCCCCCACCCUAUCCACCAAGGCCUAGCUCAGCCACUCCUUUCCUCACCUUCACCCCGCCGCAGGGCGAGGACUUCCUUCUAUGCCCCCCCUCGCCCCGCCUGUCCCGAAGCCUGAGUCCAUGCAAAGGUGCUGGCCUGGAGGGUUGGCUGGGUGGUGGGGGUAGCAGCAGGCUGGAGCACGAGCUGCAGCAGGGGGAAAGGGUGGAGCUAGACAGGGUUGGCGGCCUCCACAAGGCUCCAUGCAGCUGGAGCAAUAGCCCAGCAGAGCCUCUGAAGAAUGAAGGAGACUACCAUGAGCGAUCCUCAAGAAGUCCGGUCAUGUUAUUCGACAUCCAGGAUAACAACAUGAAUGCCAACUCAUUCACGGAGGCAGUGUGUAAUGAGAUCAUGAAUAUAGCAGAGACCUCAGUGAGGUACUGCAGCACUUUGUCCCGUCCAUUAGACUCCGCCCACAGACUGAUGCCCCUCCUCAGUAAACACUCUCUCAUCAUUUCCCAGCAACCCCAGUCACAAAGUAGCAGUCCUGAACCUGGACGCCUGAGCUGCGGCAUAUUCCAGGCCCUGUACAGCUACGUGCCACAGAAUGACGAUGAGCUGGAGCUGCAGGAGGGAGACCUUGUGAACGUCAUGGAGAAAUGCGAUGACGGCUGGUUUGUCGGUACAUCCAAGAGGACUAAACAGUUCGGCACUUUCCCAGGGAACUACGUGAAAGCCGUUCAUUUGUAACAUGUGACAUAUGGUCUGUAUGUAGAGAUUCUAACAGCCUCGAUUGGACACCAUUACAGAUGAGCUCAAGUGUUUGAUUUUGCUCCCCUUCAGUAUUGUAUUUUGCCCAGGUGAAUGUCCAGGUAUGUGAUCAGUAAGGUUUGCGGCAUGUCGGCGAGGACAACUCAACUGCAAUGGCAGAUCGCAUUUCAGUGUUUACAUUUCUUCUGUUUAAUUCUUGCUGAUUUAUUUGGUAAGAUAAAGGCUCCUUUAACAGUCCUUAAUACUUUGCAAUAUAUUUAAGUUAUUUAAUUUUACAUUUUCAUCGAUGAAAGUACUAAACUAUGGCGCAUGUUUUUACUGCAUCACAUACCUGACAUUAACACACUAGAGACUAGUAACUCUGAAGUACACAAAACAGACUAAAAACAUGGAAGACUCCCAGUUCCUCUGCUUUGAAUGUAUAAGGGCCUUGCAGUGUGUUGUAAGGUGUCGGAGGGGGACUGAAGGCAGUUAAAGGAGUUUGGCACCAUUGAAGGUUAACGGACCGGACAAAGGUCAGCAAAGCCCCAUGCGGAUCUAAGAAAUACUUCAGUAUUGAAAAUCAAUUUGGACUUCCUGUCUACACCCUGCCUUUGACAGCAAUUUUGAAAUGUUUGUGUGGUCACAGCUUCUGUACAGACAUGGCUUUCAAAUGCACUGAAACAGAGACCCUAAUGUUUUAGUGUUUAGAGAACCAAAUCAAGUAGGGGCUGCGCAGACUAGUUGACUAGUCUAACUACAUCAGUGAUUCUCAUAACAGCCCUCAGGGACCCCCAGACUGUCCAGAUUUUUUGCUGCAAUUUAACUUGCAACACAGAAAUAGAACAAGAACAUGGACUCCCAGAGGACUGGUUUCAGAAUCAUAUCCACUACUCACUGCUGUUGGCAACUAAUUGAGGGAGGACAGUGGUCUAUGACUUCUUCAUUUGUCUUUUCAACCAUAUCGCUGUUCUCAGAAGAAAAGCUUUUAUAUCCAAAAUGGUGACUUUACAGGAGAAG